CUAGCCAAGAGUACCAACUCAAGUCUUGCUGUUAGACACAGCUGUGAACUUCAGAAAAGUUUGUCUUUCUGGGAUUGAAAAGAUAAUCAGAGGGCAGUCAGAAUCAGAGAGUGGCUGCGUUCUUCUGCCCAUUCUUCCCUCACAUGCCCAUGGCCCCAGGAUCAACAACACAGUCACUAACUAGAGGGAGAGGACAGCUGUUCCAGGUCUGCUCCAUGGCACCACUUAUAUAAGAACAAACCCAAGAAAUUGUACAAACACAGAGGGGGAAAGCCAAGGUGUUCCUCUACCACGUCUUGGUGCUGGCAGUACAGUGGAAAGCCCUACAUGCUCUGGACCAGUGUACUUGAAGGAUUGCCUUCUUCCAUAUGGUGGUAACUUGCCCGCUGGUUGAAUUCAUCUUUAGAAGCUCUGCUGAGUGCGGCCACAUUUUCAGGUAAAGUGAUUUUGGUCCAGAAUUUUCAACUAAAAUGGGAUAGAUGCUUUCCUACACGUUUCUGUGCUUAGAACUGUGAAGAUGGACAGACAGAAUAUGAGCUGUACUUCUCCUGGGCCACAAGAAGAUCAAGCAAAGAGCGAGGUAGAGAAUGAAGACUCAGAAGCACAACUGAACAUUUUAGCAAAAGCACAGGAAUUCUUUCGGAUCUGUGAUGUGGAAGGCAAAGGGUUCAUAACUCGCCAUAACAUGCAGAGACUUCAUGGUGAAUUACCCCUUAGCCCAGAAGAGUUGGAGAACGUGUUUGAUACUCUAGAUGCAGAUGGCAAUGGUUCACUUACUCCAGAGGAAUUCACCUCAGGAUUCAGCCAGUUUUUGUUUCGGCAGAAGUUAUCAGUUUCCAAAAUACAAGGCUGCGGAACUGAAAAUUUGCAUCUGUCCAAAUGGACAGGAAGCCACAGUGAGGGCAAUGAGGAUGAGGAGGAAGAUGAAGAUCGCCAGUUUUCAAAUCUUAUGGAGAAACUUGGUGCUAACAAGGUCUUAGAUGAUGAGAGUGAUGUGAAGAACCUCUGGUCAAACCUGAAGAAAGAUGAGCCUCGUUUACUUUCUAGUUUUGAAGAAUUCCUGGCAAGAAUUUUCUCUCAGCUUCAAGAAGCCGACCAGGAGAAGAAUGAAUUGGAGUCUGCCCUGAGAAAGAAAAUUGCUGCCUAUGAUGAAGAAAUUCAGUACCUGUAUGAGGAAAUGGAACAGCAGAUCAAAAAUGAGAAAGAGAAAUUCCUCUUGAAAGACACUGAAAGAUUCCAAUCACGAAGUCAAGAUUUGGAGCAUAAACUUACAGUGAAAGAACAGGAGCUGGAACAACUGGCUCAGAAACAGCAAAGGUUGGAGAGACAAUGUAAAGAGCUGUAUGAUGGCAAGCAUGAGACCAAAGUGGAGAAUACCAGACUGAAGCACACCAACCAGGAGCUUCAGAAGGAUGUGGAUAGAACAUCCCAGGAGUUAAUAAUUGCUCAGCAACAGCUGCAGAUGCUGCAGGAUGAGGCAAAAAAACUGCAGGAAGAAAAGGAAAUAGAAGUUUACAGAGUGACAGAAGCUUUGCAGAGGGAGAAGUCAGGACUUCUGAAGCAGCUGGAUUUCUUAAGAGAAAGGAACAAAUAUCUAAAAGAUGAACGUGACAUGUGUUUACAGAAAUGCAAGAAGAGUGGUCCGACUGCCAGCUGGAAACAAAGGUCAGGGUCAAUAAUUGGCAAAUAUGUGGAAGCCAAAGUUUCACUAAAGAGCCAGUCUUCAGAGGAAGAUGAUACGUUCAGCUUCUCAAAGAGAAGAAAUUCCUUUGGCUUGAAUGGGCCUAUUUCAUUAGAGGCGGACUCCACUAGUGAUGCGCGGCUGACUCAAAAAGGGCACCUCCAAAGAAUAAUAUCAAUUGAGGAGGAUCAUCUGCCUCAGCUCCUUGAUCGGCCGGGAGAUGGACAGUUAACCAAAUGGUUAGAAGAAGAGGAAAACAUCUCACCAGAAACAAAAACGGACAGAAUCCAGAUAAAACUCCCUUCUGAACCUUCUUCUCCCAGAGGACAGCCAGUGGGGAAAGAAACACUGUCAAAUGAGAAGCGACCAUAUUCUGCCCCAGAUCGUUUAUUCAAGAUCGUUUUUGUGGGCAAUUCAAGUGUGGGAAAGACUUCCUUUUUAAUGAGGUUCUGUGAAGAUCGUUUUUCUCCAGGCACUGCUGCUACUGUAGGCUUGGAUUACCGAGUGAAAACAAUAACAGUAGAUAAUAGCCAGGUGGCGCUGCAGCUCUGGGACACUGCUGGGCAAGAAAGGUAUCAUGGCAUUACUAAGCAGUUCUUCCGAAAAGCUGAUGGUGUCAUUGUGAUGUAUGAUAUAACAGCAAGAAACACAUUCACCGCUGUGAAGCAGUGGUUGGUGAACAUUGAGGAGGCAACAGGGGAGAACAUUCCUGUCCUUUUGCUCGGUAAUAAAACUGAUCAUGAAAAAGAACGGGAAGUUCCCCGUGGAUUAGGAGAGCAUCUAGCCAAGGAUUAUAAUUUAAUCUUCUAUGAAUGCAGUGCCUUGUCCGGUCACAACUCUACUGAGUCUGUACUUCAUUUGGCAAGGAUUUUAAAAGAACAAGAAGACAAAGUAAAGGAGAAGACUGUUCAGUUGCAUCAGGAUUCUAAAAAAAAGUUGUGUUGUUCCAGACAGUAGGGGACCUGUGUGCACCUACUUUCCCCCUUGAAUAAGGAAAUGUAAUUUCCCCCUUUGCUAAUUUUAUCAACUUGUCUUAUGCUAAAGCAUAUUGGUUAUGUUUAUGGGUAUUUAAUUUAUAGUUCAGACUGAGGUUCGAAGCAAUUUGAACUGAAACACCUUAUUCCUGUUCCCUCCUUGGAAAGACAAACAGCCCUUGGAUGAAGUUAAGGAGGAUUACUGAAUACUGACAGUGUUAAAACUUCACAAAAGAGCCAAUCCAUUAUCCUUUCCAAAUAGAUGUCCCCUGACAACAGUGCCACUCAACUGGACAUCGGGAGCAUUGAGUGACUGCCUGCCUGCUGCUCUUCCACCGCCUCACCAGACUCCGCUCCUUUGUGAUGCAAAAUAACACGAGUCUCCUUUACCCUUCAUGAGAUGUUGCUUCUGGAGGCAGAGAAAUGUGUCACCUGUUUAGUGAUUGGGAGACAGAAGGGCAUUAGAUAAGGACUGGCAAUAAUGCCUGGUUGUAGCCUUAGAUCUUCAUCAGGAGUCUCUGUAAGUUGCCCCAUUGAUCUGUUGUAACCCGCCCUGAGCCCGCUUGCAAGGAGGGCGGGAUAUAAAUAUAAUAAAUAAUAAUAAUAAUAAUAAUAAUUAUUAUGGAAUGUGUCAUGUAAUGUAGUGCUUUUUCGGAACUUGUUCUUUAGCGUUUUCCUCUGCACAAAAAAAUGCCCUCUAGUAUCUAAAAUUUAAGAGCAUUCCUAAAUAAUAAAUAAAAUGUAAAAAAUAAAAGUUAAUAGUUACAUGUCUGAAUGCAGGUAAUGGUAGGGAAAUGAAACUGUGGCAGAUUGCCUUAAAAUCCAUUCCUCCACACUCGUGUUUGCAGAUGGAAGGCAGUUUUUGUUACUUGAAACUUCUGGAGUUUGGGGGGGGGGGAAAUACUGUAAACAAAUGCAUAAAUCUUGCUGCUGUCUUCUUCAGCGCAGAUAACUGAAGGCAAACAAGCUGCACACCGCUGUGUCCUCAGCUGAUCUGUUGUGCAGGAAUCUUUGCAUACAGUUGGCUAGACCACUGGGAAUCUGGACAAGAUUUCCUACUGAGCAAAUUAGGUAGACUAUUACUUGCAUGUUCUUCCCCACCCUCCAUAUCUCCAUGAACUUAAUUCUUGAUUUGCACAUUUUUAGGAAAAGCUGAAAAAUUGUGAACAAGGAGAAGCACAUUCAUAGAAACUCUUGCAGGCUCUAAUCCUAAAGCAAAUCUACAGAUACGUUUGCAUUGCAUUUAUGACAUUUAAGAAAUGUAGUUCAAAACCAAUAUCUUACAUUUUCACUGGCUCACCAGGGGCUGUCAUGUCAUUAAAGGCACUCUGUGUAUUUUUUUUUCAUUAAAGGCACUCUGUGUAAACAGCAUUACUAUACUGUAGCUCCAAGAUAAGGGGAAACAAAAACACACAGUGACAGGAAUAUGGGGGGGGGGGCUGCAGCACAUCAAGCUUUUUUAGUUGCUUGAGACAUUGAUUAAUUGCUUGAGACUACUCAUGUAUUCCCUAUGUGGGCAAAUUGAACCUGAUCCGCUUCCUAGGCAGGAACAAAGGAAAGUACCAUGUCUUACCCUUCUGUGGAAGCACUGAUGCCAGACAUAAGAGUCCAUGCUAUCUGGGCUAUUCUCGCUUAAACCACACUGCAAUAAGUGGAAUUAUUCCCAAAUGAGCAUCCACAAUUUUCCAGUGUUCAUUCACAUGAUAAAGAUUGGGUUCCAGAAAGACAAGUUUUUAUAGUGUGCAUUUUAAAAAAUACGUGUAGUAAAUGCACAUUUGAGCAACUCUGUUUUUCCUAUCCUUAGCCAGAGACUGCAAAAUUCCAUGUUUUUUAGUUCCCACCAAAGUCUUCCUCUCCUGCUUCUUAAUAUAGAAAGUUCACAAUGAUCUCCCACAUCCAUAGUGAUCAAUUUAGGGAAACAAUCUGAAAAGUCACAUUUGAAUAAGAAUUUUGUGUCUUUAAAUACACGGGCAUUGUUGGAAAAGGACUAUUUUCAUGCUGUUCUCUUUGGUAAAUCUCCCAAUUCCAUUUAUUACCUUUGUAGUACAUUUAUGUUCAACAACAUUUUUGUAAGUAAUAUUAUGUCAUGUAUAUAUGAUUGACUGAAGAAUAGGCAUCAGUUAUAAUAUUUUUGUUUAAGAAAAAAUAUUAUUACAAUUUCAUCUUGAGUAUAGAGAAACCAUAAAAGAAAUGUUUGCAUCAGGGCUUUUUUUCAGCAGGAACAUAGUGGA